AUGUCAGCCGGCGGUGAACAACUCAAAUAUGAGGGCACCAGAAGCCAAGUCCUACUGGCCGGCGGGACUGCCGGUCUGAUUUCGCGCUUCUGCGUUGCGCCGCUCGAUGUCGUCAAGAUUCGCCUGCAGCUGCAGGUCCACUCCUUGUCGGAUCCCAAUUCACAUAAAACAGUGAUAGGGCCGGUGUAUAAGGGGACUUUGUCGACUAUGAAGGCCAUCGUCAGACAGGAGGGUAUCACGGGUCUUUGGAAAGGUAAUAUUCCAGCCGAGAUGAUGUAUCUCUGCUAUGGUGCUCUCCAGUUCACGACCUACCGCACCAUCUCCCAAGCUCUCGUCAACCUACCCUACAGACUCCCGCCAUCCGGCGAGUCGUUCGUCGCUGGCGCUGUCGCGGGCGGCAUCUCCACGAUAACAACAUACCCUCUUGAUCUACUGCGCACUCGCUUUGCCGCGCAAGGGCCAGAGCGCAUAUACAGCUCGCUCCGCGCCUCCGUGGUCGAGAUUGUACGGCAAGAGGGAUCAGCAGGCUUCUUCCGUGGAUGCUCGGCGGCUGUGGCGCAGAUCGUCCCGUUCAUGGGCCUUUUCUUCACAGCAUACGAGGGUUUUCGGCCAACAAUGGCUCAGUGGGACUGGCUGCCGUUUGGUACUGGGGAUGCGGCGGCCGGUGUCGUGGCGAGCGUUCUUGCGAAAACGGGCGUGUUCCCGUUGGACUUGGUUCGGAAGAGAUUACAGGUGCAGGGUCCUACACGGACGCGCUAUAUCCAUCGCAAUAUCCCUGAAUACAAUGGUCUUGUCCAGACUAUGGGUAUGAUAUUGCGCACGCAGGGCGUGCGGGGGUUGUAUCGUGGGUUGACUGUUAGUCUGUUUAAGGCCGCGCCAGCUAGCGCAGUGACUAUGUGGACAUAUGAGCAAGUGCUGAGACAGCUCCAGCAAAUUACUAUACUGGCAGGGGCUUAA